CAAUUUUCCUGCUUAGGAUGGAGAUGUAUGGAGUAUCACCACUUGCCUACAAGAAACAUAUACUGUGAUUAUGUAAGCAAUCCUGAUGUGAUUAGCACUGAGGAAUUAGUGGAGUCAUCUUUUAUUCCACCUAGUGAUGGCCCUAGAAAGCUAUGGAAGGAGUGGCUGUCUGGAUGUGUAUGUGAAGGAAGAGUGGCACAAAGCAAUUGUUUCUCUUGACAGUGAUUGCCUUUGGGUCACCAUCCAGGAUAUUCCUGUUCAGAAUGGGACCUUGAAUGGAGAUGAUGAUGUGCCAGCUUGCAUAGCCAACCAAAAACGAAUUGUGAGGGUAGUGAAAAAUGACAACAAUGGCCUUGGAAUCUCCAUCAAGGGUGGAAGAGAGAAUAAGAUGCCAAUAUUGGUCUCCAAGAUCUUUGAAGGGAUGGCAGCUGCUCAGACAGAACAGUUGUAUGUUGGAGAUGCAAUCCUGUCUGUUAAUGGAGAGGAUCUUCGGGAUGCUACUCAUGAUGAGGCUGUGAAAGCUUUAAAAAUGGCAGGAAAAGUGGUUGAACUUGAAGUGAAAUAUCUGAAGGAGGUGACAGUGUUCUUCCGGAAGGCUUCAUUCCUCAGUGAAGUAGGAUGGGAAUUUGAAUGUGGAUUUCUGGACUCCGAACAUUCUCCAUCCAAUGUCCAAAAUAAAGGAGAGGCAAGAUGUAUUCCUCUCCACAUGAGCCUCCUCGCUCGGAAUCUCAAAGUCACUGAUCCAGCGACUGUACCAAUCAUAGGCAGUGCUCUUGGACACAGUGUCCGGGCCAAACGCGGUAUUGAUGUCAGCGAUGGAAUUGGCUGCCUUCUCCUCGAUUCAGAAGUCAUAAAGAAGAAGCAGGCGAACUUGCUCCUUAGUAAGAGGUGUCAAAAUGAUGAGGAAACAGGGGCGAUUUGGAGGCAUCGUUACUGUGCUGUGACUGAUGAAGAUUUUUUGAUGUUCAAUGUGGUUCCUUGGACACCUGAGGCAUGGACUGCCCCAUCCAAUAUUCUUCCUCUCAUUACAACAAGGUUGGUGCAGUCAUCACGUGCUGAGCAAGACUGGAACAUUUUCACAAUUCGAACAGGGAAGAAGGAGGGUAUUGAAUCAUUUGAUUUCCGAUGUGAUACACAUCGGGAUCUUGCCAAUUGGGCACGAGCACUUGUCCAUGGAAGUUACAAUGCUGUCAGUAACCUACAGGAGUUCUCAUGCACAUGUACAUGGGAAGGGAAGCCAGCCCGACUGAUCAUUGGUCAUGAAACUGGCUUCAAGCUUGUAGAAAGUUCUGGUUCAGACAACGAGGAAAAUAUGAUUGUUUUGUGGAAGCAUGGCUUUGAAGAUCUUAGAGCCUCAGCUGAUGACAAUCUAAGGAAACUGUAUCUCCACUUUGUUGGUGAACAUCAGCCUCAAGAACUAGAUUUGGAGACGUGCCCAAAGCCAGUGGUGUUUUUGCUCCAUAGCUUCCUUGCAGCCAAAAUCCAGAGACGGGGGCUGAAUGCAUCUGGGAAAUAUGGUGAAGUGAAGAGUGGAGUGGUGUCUCACAUGGACAGCAUGAUAGCUUUUCUCAUCAUUCCAGUUGUGGAUAUUUCUGGGAUGUCCAAGGUAUCGGCACUGCAUAAGAGUAGAGUGAUGAAGGGCUGGGAAGCUGAAACCAUUCUUGAACGCAGUGAUGAUUGGUACUCACCAAAGAACUGUGCUCGCCAGUACAAGGACCUUCUUGAUGGAGUUGAGACUUCUGAUGGAACUGCAUCCAAACGAAGUCAACGUUACCAAGGAAAGACGCUGCAGGAGAUCAUCUAUGAACAAGUGAAACAAGAUCAGUGCAAAUACCUAGAACGCAUGAUAGUAGCUUCUAAAGGAAGGCUGGAUGACAUCAGAAAGGACUGUGAAUCAUUGGUGAAAGGUCUUGACUCUCACCAGCAGAGCAAGUAUGCUGGGUACAUACAGGAUCUAUUUCAAAAGAAAUUUGCCUAUCAAGAAUGGCUUGCAGACCGUGCAGAGAAAAAGAUUGCUUUGGAAACAGCCCGGUCUGCAAGGUUGGCUGCCAUGCGGACGAAAGGGGCAAUGCCUGCAGUUGUAGAAAAGGAACUUGAAGGUGUCUCAAAUCUUCCAGCUCCCAUUGCUGGCAAGCAAACAGAAGUCAUCUCAGGGUCUCAGGUCUCCAAUCCUGGAUCCAUUCCCAUUCCUGAUGUUCCACUUGCUACUUUGCAGCCUUCCCAACAAAUGCAGGAGGAAGACCAGUCUUCCCAUGCAGUGGCCUCUUCUCUUAAAGGAGAAGAUGCAUCAGUUGCUCAAACAAGUGCACAAGACUUCCAUGAGAAGAAAGGAGACUCAGUUGACAAGGAUCCUAAAGAUUCUAUCACGAAUAAGCAAACCCUGGAGAAAGAACAAGGUGUGGAAGUGAUAACCCUUCCAGAAACUGCGGUCAAGAUUGAUGCAGAUGGGGAAGAGACUGAUGGUAUUCCAGAAAUAGAGCAAGGAGAGCAGAUUGAGGGCAAGAAGGAAGAACUUAAAAGAAACGCUGAUACAGAAAACUCCACUUCUGCAAGUCAGCUUGAAUCUGAGGCAGUUCAUCAAGGCCAGAUGGCGUUUGAUGAAUCUUGUCCUACUCCCCAUCCAUCUGUUAUGAGAGCUGACAUGAGCAAGCAUGAUGGUGAAGUGGGUCCGUUUGACUUGGAGCCACCCCUAGAACUCCAAAAGCCCCAGAAAUCCUACCAAAGGAGGCGGUAUUUUGAAGAAAAAGAAGGAAGUGAAGAAGGUGGUGCCCUCAUUCUCAUGGGAAGUGAAGAAAAGAAACUUCUGGAUGGAACUCUUCUUGUCCCAGAGGAAGCAGAAACCAAAAAAAGGGAAAAGGAUGAGAAGAGCAGUAGAAUCUGGAAGAAACGCAUCCUCCUAUUAUGGGAAGAAAUCUCUCGCCACAGAAGAGCUAAUCUUUUCCUCAAGCCUAUUUCAUCUUCUGAAGCUCCAGGCUACUACAACAUCGUCCACAAACCCAUCGACCUGCACACGUUGAAGCGGAAUGUAGAAGCUGGACUGAUAAGAUCAACUGAAGAAUUUCAUCGAGACCUCAUGCUCAUGUUUCAGAAUGCUAUGAUGUUCAACAGCAGCUCUCACAGUGUUUAUGAAUUUUCUCAGGAAAUGAAGAAGGACUCCAUGAGAGUCAUGGCUAGAUUUCUAGCUGAGCAGAAUGAAGGCAGCCCCUUGAAGACACGGAGAGAAAAGAAGAGAUGUACUAGUGAUAGAGCAUAUAUCUUACUUACAUCAACGACCAGAAUGCCCAUCGAUGGUAUUGCAAGUUUUGGACUCUACCUCGGAACUGUUGCAAAGUUUCUAUCUGAUGAGCUGAACAUGAGCAAAAUGAUGGCAAUAAUUAUCAAGAAGGACUUCCAACUCCUUCUUGCAGCAUUCAUACUCCACAUCAUUUUUUUUUUCGCUGCCUUUGACAUUCACUUCAAGUCUCCAAUUCUACAUGGGAUGGCACCUGUGAGUAUUGAAGGUGAGACUCCUCUUGCCCAAAGGUUGGUUCUCUUCAUAGCCGAUGGACUACGGGUUGAUAAGUUUUAUGAGUACAUUGACAACACCCCUCACAGUUACUUAAGAUACAUAGUGAGGGAAAGAGGGAGAUCAGGGGUCUCACAUGGACGGGUACCUACAGAGACACGUCCAGGUCAUGUUGCAGUCAUGGCUGGAUUCUAUGAAGAUCCUAGUGCCAUCACCAAAGGAUGGAAGGAUAAUCCAGUGGAUUUUGAUUCCAUAUUCAAUGAGAGCCAUCACACAUGGUCAUGGGGUAGCCCUGAUGUUCUUCCCAUGUUUUCAAGAGGAGGUGCAGAACACAAGAUGGACUUGAACACAUACCCUAGUGAAAUAGAGGAUUUUGCCUCACAAGAUCCUUCAGCUGUGGAUGUCUGGGUCUUCAAAAGAGUCAAAGAAUUCCUUUUAAAUGGGACAAUACCUUUUGAUACACUCAACCAGUCAGGCAACAUCUUCUUCUUACAUCUCCUUGGAAUGGAUCUUGUUGGCCACUAUAGAAAGCCUCAUUCCAAAAACUAUUUAUGCUUUUUGUUAUUGUUUGUUGUUGGUGGCAGUGCAUAUAAAAUAUGUCUGGAUGUUGUGGAUCAAGGAGUGAGGGAGACAACACAAUUGUUUGAAGAACUCUUCCCUGACCAAAGAACAGCUUUUUUAUUUACAGCUGAUCAUGGGAUGACAGAUUGGGGUUCUCAUGGAGCAGGAGAUCCUUCAGAGACAGAAACUCCCUUGGUUGUGUGGGGAAGUGGGAUUCAGCCCCUUUCUGGGAGGUUUGAUGUCUCUCAGGCUGACAUCACUCCUCUUAUGGCUGUCUUACUUGCUCUUCCACUUCCAAUGAAUUCAGUUGGAAUGCUUCCCAAGGAGUACCUUGAUGGAGCACCAGCUUCAUAUGUUGCCAAAGCCAUGCUCACCAAUGCUCGCCAGCUUGCUGCCCAAUACUUGCAGUCUUAUGAAAUAAAGAAGAACACAUGGUCUGCAAAACUGAGACCCUUCUCCUCCCUAUCUCCAUCAUCUUUGUCCAAUGAAAUAGAUGAUAUCAUGGAAGACAUCCAAUCUGGAAGGCAUGAGAAUGCUCUUCACUUCUCUUCACCAUUCUUUCACAAACUAUGGAUCAACUUCCUGUGGAAUCUUCUUGUGGGCUCGGAGAUUCUUGUUACUCCUCCUUGUCAUCACAGUGCUCUCACUCAUAGUCGAAAAGCAACCAUGGACACAUAUCUUGUACCAUGUCUUGCCUCAUGUUUUGUGGUAUCAUGUCCUGGGAAAAGGACAUGUAAUGAUGCAAGCCCUGCAUCCAAUGUCCUCCUCUUCCAUCUUCCACUUCCUCCUGAGGGCUCUCUUCUGUGUCAUCGCAGUGCAACUCCUGGUGGUGUGCUUCUUUCACCGUUGGGUCCUGUCUUUGCUGUUGGUAGCAGUUUCCUUUUGGCCAUUCACGGAAAAAUUCCUGUCCAGGAAUUGGGUUCUUUCCUUGGGUUGGCUAUUUUCUUGUAUCUACCUUUCCAUCUUCCCUCUCAUGCCUGUGGUUGGGAAGGAACCCAUGAUACCUCUUGUGGGCUUCAGUGGAUGUGUGGCCAUAAUCAUCUUCGCAAGUGCAGCUCGAAUGUGGGUCCCUUCACUGGCGUCAACUUUCCUUGUUUCCCAUAUUCUGUUUUCCGAGCGUUAAAGAAGACUGGAGGAAUGAUGAACUUGACAUCUGUGGCACGGUUGAAUUCCCGGAAGGACUUCCUGCUGAUUUUAGGCCAACUUGGAUGCCUUGGAUUGACAACCUGGUUGCUUUCGUCUACGAGAGCCAGCAUCGAUUCUGGCAAUGGCUUAUCCACCACCCAUCAGCUUCUGGCUUGGAUCAUCUUUGGAUUUCAUGAUCACGAUUUUGUUGUGAAUGGGGAUUCGGUGGCAGGAGGAGGAUUCGUAUGGCCGGUGUUUGGGUCAGAGAGAUUAUUCUCACGUCUCCUUCUAGUCUAUGGUGGACUCACAGCCUCCUUUCUUCUCCUGACCAUUCGCCAUGAACUUUUGUUCUGCCUUGGGCUAAUUGUCACCAUGCUGAUAUGGGUCGCAUUGGAAAUCCAGCUCCUUCCCACAUCGUCUGCCCUCCGGCUUCUAUUUACUAUGGCAUCCUUCUUUGGGAUAGGAAACAUAGCGAGCGUGAACAGCUUCGACCCUAUCGCUGUUCACUGUUUCCUCACCGUGUUCUCUCCUUUCACCAUGAUGAGUCUCCUAUUGGUGAAGAUCCUCAUCCCAUUUCUCAUCGUCAUGUCUGCUUUCCACGCCAUCGUCAUCAUCUCUAGGGCAUGCGUCCUUGGGCUGUUCCUCGUCUAUCUUGUCUAUUCGGACAUGCUGAGUCUCACGUUUUUCUUCCUGGUGACGCCACGAGGAUCUUGGUUGGACAUAGGGACUUCCAUAUCCCAUUACGUGAUUGCCAUGGCAUCUGUGAUAUUCCUUCAACUUCUACGUGCUCUUGCCGCCUUCCUCCUCACCUCUCGGACUCUCUCCCUUACUUCAGUUGCUACUUCCAUAGCCAAAUUUCAUCGUGCAUGAGAAAGUUUUCACUUCUCCCUCCUGCUACCUUCCUCCUGGCCUCCAAAGCCCUCUCCCCUCCUUCCACUUUCACACCCAGAUCCCAUCAUACCCUCGCCUCGUCCCUUUCACUUGUGUACAUCCGGUUGCACGCUGUCUAUUGGCUCAUGGAGGAGGCAAGAACUUGCCCAACUUCUUUUAUUGAGAAUUCUUUCCCAAUACAAGGAAGCUGUUCAAUGAAAUGCAUAUCAAUGCUGUGUUACCUAUCUUGAUGCUGUCCACUUCACAUGUGAUCCGUACUUCUUGUUUGAGGAAAGAAUAAAGCGAUGAUAUUGAUGAAAACAAAUGAG